CCUGCACUGAUCACUUUGGCAAAGCAAAAAUGGCAUCACAGCAAGUGGGUUUGAUCACUUGUUCUGAUCAUCUAGUGCUGAGCAUAGACGAGGAGCUCCGAAAAUUAGACCCCAAGAUCAAAGUCCCAGAACGCUUUAUUCGCGUUGGUCAAGAUCCCGCCCCAGUUCUAAAGACCUCUUUCCCUGCGAUCCCCACAGUUGACAUGAAAAAAUUGGUUUCUGAAGAUACCAAAGACUUUGAACUCGAGAAGUUGCACUCUAUUUGCAUCGAAUGGGGCAUGUUUCAGUUGGUCAAUCAUGGAGUUAGUUCUUCACUCGUGGAGAAGCUGAAUGAUGAGAUUGAAGGAUUCUUCAAGCUUCCUGUGGAGGAAAAAAUGAAGUUGAAGGUAAGACCAGGUGAUGUUGAAGGCUUUGGAACCGUGGUCCGGUCCGAUGAACAGAGACUUGAUUGGGGUGAUAGGGUAUAUAUGAUAAUAAACCCAAUUCAUAGAAGAAAGCCAUAUCUCUUCCCCGAACUUCCUUCUUCUUUGAGAGAAACUCUGGAGACUUACAUAUUGGAGUUGCAAAGACUAGCUAUGACACUGUUCGAUUACCUGGGAAAGGCCCUAUUGCUGGAGAAGGAAGAGAUGGAGGAGUUGUUUGAAGAUGGGAUGCAAUCUGUGAGGAUGACUUACUAUCCUCCGUGCCCACAACCGGAGCUGGUUGUGGGUCUCACGCCUCAUUCGGACGCAACCGGAAUCACCAUCCUUCACCAGGUUAAUGGAGUCGAAGGCCUUCAAAUAAAGAAAGACGGGGUUUGGAUUCCCGUAAGCUUCCGCCCAGAUGGCUUUGUUGUGAAUAUUGGAGACAUUCUAGAGAUUUUGAGCAAUGGGGUAUAUAACAGCGUGGAGCACAGAGCAACAGUGAAUUCAACAAAAGAGAGGAUGUCAGUUGCUUUGUUCUUCAACCCAAAAUUCAAGGCAGAGGUUGGACCCUCAAAUACAUUGUUAAACCCAAAUAACCCACCAUUAUUCAGAAGGGUGGCAAUGGAGAAAUAUGUGAAGGAUUUCUUCUCCAGGAGUCUCAAUGGCAGGACUUACGUAGAGCAUAUGAGGAUCAAAACCGGGCAAGGCAACAGUACUGGUACUAGUUGAUCUUAGAUCUUGAUCAAUCGCUCACCGCCGGCCAAUUAAUCAUCAAUAUCAUCAUGUAUACAUGUACUGCAUGUCUUAGACUCUCAGGCAAUAAAUUAAUCUCUCUUUAUCUGUGAAAUUGUUCUUUAAUUCCGAAUAUUGCUGGAUAACUAGUCUAGCGUGAGUCAAGGUACUUAGGAGUGCUGUACAAGAUCAGUCGGAGAGUGAUUAACUUUAAUGUAAUUGUUUUAGCCUAUAAAUCAUG